AUGGAUCAAUUAGAUGCUGUGGUAGCUGAUGUUCUGGCUGACUGGAACAUCUAUACCACCAUCUUCGCUGGCGCUCUUGCUGCCUUCGCUAUCUACGCGGUUGUUUCAUCGAAAGAACCAGAUAUUCACCCAUACCUUUUAGCUCGACAAUCUACAUCUUCCCCCGUUCGACAGGCUGGUGAGUCGGCAACCUACCGCAGCUUGGAAACCCCUUAUGGAUACCCUCUAAGAAGUGGUUUGAACAUCCGAGACCCCGGGGCCCCUAAGUGGACAGCCGGUCGACGAGGUGAUCUGCGCGAUAUCUGGCGAGCUGCUGUACGUGGUGCCUUGAAUGAAGAUGGAACUGCCGCAAAGAAGCAGAGCAAAAUCUACACUGUGCUGGGCAAGAAUUCUAUUGAACACUCUUUGGAUCAAGUGACACAGGAAAUCAACGUGGUUGGCCGCCAUCUUCAAAGCUCUGGCGUCAAGAACGUUGCGAUCUGCUUGACCGAUUCCGUUGAACUUCUUGCUGCUAUUUUUGCUGGUGCCUUCUAUCAAUUCAAGGUUACACUGAUUCCCCACAACCUCCCCGCAAAUGUUCUAUCUGCCCAUCUGCAAAACAUUCAGGCCGAUAGUCUCAUUGCUGAAGCCGGGUCCCUCGAUUUGUCUCUGAUCAUCAAGGAUAACGAGCAACUGUCUCAGAUUGUGUGGGUUGCGAAGGAAGGGAAUCGGCACAUGGAUUGGCAUGGAGCCCCCGCGGACAAGAAAGAUAGCCUGAGGGUGAAUGUUUGGCAUGAACUUGUGGAAGAGGGUAAAGACCUGGCUGGCUUUGACAUCCUAGAUUACGACCCUAAAACACCUAGCCCCGCAGUUAGCACUGUUUGGCCCUCGUCUUCCGAGUCUGGCGAGUUUAUCGAUUUCGAAUCGGCGAAUAUUGUGGCCGCAAUUGGUGCUUUGACGUCAGCUGUUCCUCGAAGCCAACGUUUUACUUCGUCCGAUGUCGUCCUCUCAAUCGAUUCCCUCUCACGGUCAUACCCGCUUUGCCAGGUCUUGGGUGCUCUGUUCUCCGGUGCCUCCAUCGCAUUGAAUUCGGUUGCAGGAGAGAAUGUAGACUUUGCAUUGGCUACCAUGGGUUUGUCUCCGACUGUGGUUAUUGCAUCUUCCCGGGCCAUAUCAAAUUACCAUGACCGAGUCAUGAAGCCUCAAACUGGUUUGCUCUCGUCCAUCGGCCGUUGGGUUCAGUCACGGACUCUGGAUGCCGGUAACAUGCCAUCUAAGAGCUUCUUUUGUCAACUUGCUGGCGUCGGCCCGACUGCAGAACUUUGUUUGGAAAAGUUGCGUCUGCUGUGCGUCUCGCACCGCGUGGAUGCUGAUAUCUCUACCCGCCUUACAUCGGAACAACUGACUGAUCUUCGCAUAUUUACUGGUGCUCGCAUUGUCUAUGCUUUGACUGGUCCUGCCGUUGCUGGCGCUAUUACCCAAACGAAUGUCUUUGACUACCGUUGUCUUAGUGGACCUAGCCACUUCGGACCUCCUCUCAGCAGCAUCGAAGUCACGUUAACUGAAGUGCCUGAAAGUGUACUGUCUGGUGGCGCCCAGGAGGGACAGCUUACGGUAUCUGGUCCUGCUGUUGUGGGUGGAAAGACAACAAUUGCAUCCAGAGCUCACAUUAGCAAAGAUUACACCCUGAAGUUGAGCUCCUAA